CCCACCCCGUCGGCCUCUGCCCAGCGCUGCCCCCGAGCGAUGGGGCUCCCGCUGCCCCGGGCCCGCAUCCCACCCCGGGCUGAGGGAGCGGCUCCGGCUGUUAAAGACAGACGCAAAGACGGCACGGAGACCCUCCCCCUGUCCUCAGCAACAUCGUUCCCUGUUGAACACAAUAAAGCACGAGGGUUUUCCUCGUUCCUUUUGCUUCCCUGUGCCCACGUGAGCCGAGCAGGGGCAGUGUUGCCAGGGUGAAAGUCCACAAUGGGAGCCAUGAUGUGCCAGCCCUCAAACGAGCGCAGCAGGGCCGGAGCCAUGUCACGCCGAGCCUUCACCCUCCUCAUCCUACUCGUGCAGGACGUGGCGCUGAGCUCUCAGGCAGAUGUGCUGACCUUCCCCAAGCACGACUCCGGCUUCCUCCGGAGGCAGAAGAGGGACUGGAUCAUCCCCCCCAUCAGCUGCCUGGAGAACCACCGGGGCCCCUACCCCAUGAGGCUGGUGCAGAUCAAAUCCAGCAAGGACAAGGAGUCCAAGGUGUAUUACAGCAUCACGGGGCAGGGAGCGGACAGCCCGCCCGUGGGCAUCUUCAUCAUCGAGCGUGAGACGGGGUGGCUGAAGGUGACGGAGCAGCUGGACCGGGAGAAGAUCGAUCGCUACACCCUCUUCUCCCACGCCGUGUCAGCCAGCGGGCAGCCCGUGGAGGACCCCAUGGAGAUCAUCAUCACGGUGAUGGACCAGAACGACAACAAGCCCGUGUUCGUCAAGGAGGUCUUUGUUGGCUACAUCGAGGAGAACGCCAAGCCAGGCACCUCCGUGAUGACCGUGAACGCCACGGCGGACGAUGCGGUGAAACACGGACAACGCAUCGUCAGCUACUCCAUCGUCAGCAGCAGCGCCCAGCCCGCACCCCAGAUGUUCACCAUCGACCCGGCCAAGGGCGUCAUCAGCGUGCUGGGCACAGGGCUGGACCGGGAGGUGGACACUCCCAACUACACGCUGAUUGUCCAGGGCACCGACCAGGAGGGCAAGGUCUGUUCCAACACCGCCACGGCCAUCAUUGAGGUCAGGGAUGCCAACACAACAUUCCGUCUUCACCCCACCAUGUACGAGGAGGCGGUGAAGAGAACAAGCGCGGGUAUGGAGGUGGCCAGGCUGACGGUGACGGACCAAGACGCACCCAGGCUCCCCAGCUGGCAAGCCGUUUACCACAUCAAGAGCGGGGACCAGGAUGGUGCCUUCAGGCAUUACCACCGACCCAGGACCAACAAUGGCAUCCUGAGGACAGCCAAGCGUCCUGGUGACUGUCUGGACGUGAAUGAGCCCCCGUCUUCAUGGCCCCUGUCAAGAGGGUGGAGGUACCAGAGGACCUACCAGUGGGCACGAGGUUACAUCCUACACGGGCAAAGACCCCGAAACAGGGACAUGAGACAGAAAAUCACUACAUACAAGGCCAUCAUCCUGGCUGUGGACAAUGGGGUGCCGGAUAGCACCGGUACGGGGACGCUGCUGCUGCUCCUCCAGGAUGUGAAUGACAACGGGCCCACCCCAGAGCCACGGUCCUUUGAGAUCUGCAGCCGGCAGCCUGAGAAGCAGGUGCUGAGCAUUGUCGACAAGGACCUGCCCCCACAUACCUACCCCUUCACAGUAGCACUGGAGCAUGGUUCCAGCCAGAACUGGACUGUCAGUAUAAUAAGCCAAGGUAAGUGCUGUGGGGUGCAGGACACUGAGCAAGGGCCAGAUCCCAGCUACUUCUUUCUGUGCUACCCUGAAUGCCACCAGCACUGA